GGCGCUGCUGGAGUGUCCCCAGCACUGCCUGGGGCUCCCCAGUGCUGCUCAGGAUGUCCCCAGUGGUCCCCAUUUUCACCCCUCGCUGUCUCUGCAGGCAGCGAUGCCCGUGGAGCCCCUGAUCUGCUCUGACACUGCCACACGGGUGAGCUCCGUGCUCAACCGGGAUGUGAAGCACUUUGGGAAGAAGCACAUGUUCGAUGCGAGCGAGGAGACGUGCUGGAACUCGGACCAGAGCCCUUGGGGUCACUCCUGCCCUCAGGGCACGUGCCAAUGGGUCACCCUGGAGUUCCCCUGCUCUGUCAAGAUCUCGCAGCUUCACAUCCAGUUCCAGGGGGGAUUCUCCAGCCGGGUGUGCACACUGGAAGGGUGCAAAGCAGGCGAAGCACUGGAGCGAAUCUCCACCCUGUACCCCGAGGACAGCAACGCCAUGCAGAGAUUCCAGGUGGAGGAGACGGUGCUGGAUAAGCUGAAGAUCACGUUUGAGAACAGCACGGACUUCUUUGGGAGGAUCGUUGUGUAUCACCUCGGGGUGCUGGGGGAGAGGCUCUAGGGCAGCACAGGGGGGCUUCUCCCCAUCGCCUGUGUUCCCCAUGUGGAGGGGGGGACAGACAUACAGCCCCCAGCUGCACCCCGAGGGACUGAGAGGAACCCCCUGUCCCAUGGGGUGGCAGUGACAGAGGGACACUAGUGCAGACAUCCAUGGGCUGGACUUUGAGCCCAUGGUGGGACACAGCCUGUGUGACUGCAUG